AUGUUUCAGUCCUCGCUGAUGUUGGACAUGGCUAAUAUCCUGUUGGACCAGUACUGUUUCCCAGAAAACUUGGUUGGGAUGAAAGAGGCCAGCGGGCAGGUCAAUCAGAGCGGCGACAUUCUGCGAGUGACCGACCCCCAAACCCUGGCCGCAAUGCUGACCUCGGGUGUGCAGGGAGCUCUGAACGACCCCCGGCUAGUGGUCUCGUAUGAACCCGGCACCUCUGCCCCUGAACCAAUCGACCUGCCCCUCCCGAGCCGCGAGAUGCUCAUUGCCUUGGUCCGAGAUUCUAUCCAAUUUAAAAUUUUGGACAAUAACGUUGGUUACUUGAGACUUGACCACAUCAUUGAAGAGGACAUCGUCAAAGUGGUUGGCCCGAUUCUAGUAGACACGGUUUGGAAAUACAUGGUCGCCACCAACGCCAUGAUCCUGGACCUCCGCUACAGCGCCAGCGGGAAGGUCUCCGGUAUACCUUUCAUUGUAUCUUACUUCUGCGAGGCAAACCCUGCGAUUCACGUCGAGUCCAUCUACGAUCGCCCGUCCAACGCCACAAAGGAGAUCUGGACCCUGCCCGCUCUGCUGGGUGAACGCUACGGCAAGAACAAGGACGUCCUGGUGCUAGUUAGCAGGAACACCCAUGGCGCGGCGGAGGACGUGGCCUACAUCCUGAAACACUUGGACCGCGGACUCCUGGUCGGGGAGCAGACAGCCGGAGGCUCCCUCGAGGUCCAAAAGUUCCGCAUUGGUCCGUCUGACUACUUCAUCACCGUUCCCGUCUCCAGGUCGAUCAGCCCCAUCACCGGCCAGAGUUGGGAGGUGAACGGCGUGUUCCCCUGUGUUGCGGUGGAUGCUGAGCUCGCCCUCGAGAAAGCGACCUCCAUACUGGCCGUGAGGAAGGAGCUGCCCCGUGUCAUCCGGAAGGUGACUGAGCUGUUGUACGCGUACUAUGCCUUCGUGGACCAUGUGCCUUCUCUGGCCAGCCGGCUUGCCCGGGUCGCUGGCUCGGCCGUGAAUUCAGAGCAAAUCCUGGCGGAAAAACUUAACUAUGAGUUACAGGCCAUCUCUGCAGACCCCCGCCUGGUGGUCAGUGUCAGUUCGGGACCCCCGGUCACCACAGACCAGACUCCACCUGAGGAACUCCCAGACGAUGUCAGUUACCUCCAGCAGGUCGUAUCCGCCGUGUUUCAAGUGGACAUUUUACCGGGCAACACUGGCUACUUGAGAUUCGAUAUGUUCCCCACCGAGUCGGCGCUGAUGAAACUGAGACCCUACAUAGUUGAGAGGGUUUGGGGGGCAAUUCAUGACACUGCCAAUUUAAUUCUAGAUCUCAGGUACAAUGUGGGUGGCACGUCGGCCGCUGUGCCGGUGUUCCUGUCCUACUUCCAAGACCCAAGCCCACCCGUUCGCUUGUACACCGUCUAUAACCGGCUGAACAAUUCCACCAGAGAAUUCGUCACUCUUUCUGGUUUGGAUGGGAGCUCCUAUGGAUCGAGGAAGGGCGUGUAUGUGCUCACUAGUCACCGCACCGCCACGGCGGCCGAGGAGCUGGCCUACCUGAUGCAGUCGCUGUAUAGAGCCACCGUGAUCGGGGAGAUCACAUCCGGCAUCCUUCUCCACUGGCGAUCUUUCCACAUCGAAAACACCAACUUGUCGGUUACUAUUCCCUUCAUCAACUUCAUGGAUAACACCGGGGAGAGCUGGCUGGGCGGCGGAGUGGUGCCCGACUCCAUUGUGUUGGCGGAAGAGGCGCUGGAUAAGGCGAGGGAUGUUAUGGAGUUCCACGCUGAAGUCUCUCGGCUGGUGGAACACACUGGGGCUCUCCUGAAUGCCCACUAUGCCAUCCCAGAGGCGGCCACCAAGGUCAGCUCCCUGCUCCGUUCAAAGUGGCUGGGUGGUUUAUACCGCUCUGUUGUAGACUACGAGUCGCUGACUGCUCAGCUCACCUCGGAUCUGAAGGAGGCCUCUGGCGACCACCGGUUUCACGUUUUCUACAGCGAGAGCGCGCCUAAAGUCCCGGAGGAACAGGUGGGUAGAGUACCAACCCCGGAGGAACUCGACCAUAUCAUCCAAGCCCUUUUCAAAAUGGAAGUAUUACCAAAUAACAUUGGGUACCUCCGUUUCGACAUGAUGACCGACGCAAAAACCAUCAAUGUUAUUGUUCCACAGUUACUAGACCAGGUGUGGAACAAAUUGGUCGAUACGGACGUCUUGGUCCUUGAUAUGAGAUACAACGUCGGUGGAUAUUCAACUGUCAUUCCUGUUUUAUGCUCUUAUUUCUUCGACGCCGAACCCGCCCGUCAUCUUUACUCUGUGUUCAACCGCUCCUCCUCGUCCACUUUGGAAAUAUGGACGCUGCCAAAAGUUCGUGGACGAAGGUAUGGCCCCGAUAAAGAUGUCUACAUCCUCACCAGUCACAUCACGGGCUCCGCCGCAGAGGCGUUCGCCCGGGCGAUGAAAGAUAUGAACAGGGCAACGGUGAUCGGGGAGCCAACCAUUGGAGGUGCAUUGUCGGUCGCCAUAUACAGGAUAGACAACAGCAACCUCUAUGUAUCCAUCCGGAAUCUAGUCGCCUUGAGCGCCGUCACCGGGAAGGUUUGGAGCGUCUGUGGCUCUGAGCCGCAUGUUAUGGUCCAGGCUAAUGAAGCCAUGGGCGUGGCGCUUGGCAUCAUCGAGCUUCGGGCCAAUGUGCCUGGGAUUGUACGAACAGCCGCAAAGUUGGUGGAUGACAAUUACGCGUUUGCUGAAACCGGCGCCAAGGUAGCUGGGCAGGUCGCAGACUUGGUUCAAGACGGGAGGUACAAUGCCAUUAAUUCUGAGAUGGAGCUGGCCCAGAAAUUAUCAGAGGACCUGCAGAAACUCUCUGGUGAUAAACAUAUCAAGGUCGCGCAUAUCCCCGAAAAUCUAAAGGACCGUAUCCCCAGCGUGGUUCCCAUGCCGAUCCCACCUCCGGAUAUGUUAGAAGACUUAAUUAAAUUUGCCUUCCAAACGAAAGUGUUUGACAAUGCCGUCGGCUACCUCCGGUUCGACAUGUUCGCUGACAUUGACUUGAUCACCCAAGUGUCAGAUCUAAUGGAGAAGCAUAUAUGGAGUAAACUGGCACACACCGUUGCACUGAUUGUGGAUCUCAGGUACAACGGUGGAGGAUCCGCCUCAUCCAUUCCAGCACUCUGCUCCUAUUUCUUUGACGGUGGGGACCCCGUGCUCCUGGAUACCGUGUACAAUAGACCUGCCGACACAACCUCCAAAAUAUGGACCAUUCCAUGGAUGUCCGGGGAGAGUUAUGGAUCUAAACGGGAGCUGAUUCUCCUCACCAGCAACGUCACCUCGGGAGCAGCCGAGCAAUUCGUCUUCGUUAUGAAGACGCUGGGAAGGGCACGCGUCGUAGGCGAAGUGACGAGCGGCGUUUGUCACCCUCCGCAAACCUACCAUGUAGACGGCACCGACCUUUACCUGACCAUGCCGACCCUCAGGUCGUCCAGUACGGAUGGGAGAUCCUUGGAGGGAGUCGGCGUCGUGCCUCACAUCGAGGUACUCGCUGCCACCGCGCUGGAGACAGCCAAGGAGAUACUCAAGAGUACCUUGCACGGUCGUUCCUAAUUCACUCCUCUUUAGAAUCAACGUCUAUAGUUACGUUGCUGGGUGCGUUUUCUGAAUAGAUUUACUAGUAUUGGGAUCAUAGUGUAAAAAGACAACGUUGCGUUUUCUGACUAGUUGCGAUCAGAAGGUGAAAAGGCAGCGUUGAGAUUAGAAUCACACUUUAGAUGUGAUGGUCCUGUCGUUUCGCACCUGAUGUCGUCCACGGUAAAUGAAUGAGUCACUAGUGACUAUCUAAUGUGUGCGUCUCGAUAGGGGGAUCUCUCUAGGACAUUUUGGCACCAUUGGUUGCCCUCAUUUAGUUUGCCUUGUGCGCACUUGGUUGAGAUGAUUAUUUUUCUGUUAUUUGAGAUAAUUGUUUUUAGGUCAAUCAUUAGACAUAACGAACUGCAGAUGCUGCUUUAUAAAAGAGGACAGAAAGCGUUGGAGUAACUCAGUGGGAUGGGCAGCAUCUAUGGAGGACAUGCGUCUGUAUCCUUCUUCAAGAAGAGUCCCGAACCAAAACGUCGCCUGGUCAUGUCCUCCUGAGAUCAAGAUUCAAGA